AUAUAGGUACAACUCAUAGCCAGACAAUGAACGAGCGCUCGGAUGGCAGAAGAGACACGAGCAGACACGUCGUUUUGAACCGGCACAUCUCCCAGACGCGUUCUGCCCUCCGUUUACGUGAUAAUUGCUGAAUAGCUGGCGGCGCGUCAUGUAACGGAGGCCGCGCGAGGCGGAGAGGGCGACGCACGCACAGACGCCCGCGCGAGCGUUCAUUACAAGGUAAAUUCCGCUCUGAUGGGGCUCGGCUCGGUCUGGCGUCGCCGAUGUCGCCGCUUUUGGCCGCUGACAGGAUGGAUGUCGGAGCGCUUGCAGGCGGGGACGGUGUCCUGAGAAGAGCGGAUUCGGUUGAAGGUGGACUUGAAAUCGUGCCGCUGGAAAUGUACGACUCAGCCAGAGCCAAGAUAGAAGCAAACCUCCGCUGGUUGUUCGCUAAAGCGUACGGGGAAGAGCACAUCCCGGCGGACCUGCGGGACCCGUUCUACAGGGAUCAGUACUGCGUGGAGCACAUCAAGCCCCCGGUGCUGUCUCUGCUGCUGUCCUCGGAGCUGUACUGCAGGGUGUGUGUGCUGCUGCUGAAGGGCGACCAGACGUCUGCGCUCCGCUCCCAUCAGGACGUGAUCCAGACGCUCGCACGCCGAGGGAUGUGUGUCAGAGAAGCAGACGACACACCUGUCUCCUGCGACCACCUCUCCUCCACCCCCAUUAAGAUGAGUUCUCAUAUCCCGCUGAUAGACGCUCUGAUGAUGGCGUAUACGCUGGAGAUGAUGGCUACAGAGAGAGUUGUGGCCAGUGUCAAGCGCUUCUCCUCCUUCUGCGCCUCUAAAGAGCUUCCCUUCGACGUGGAGGACACCAUGCUGUUCUGGAUCAACAAGGUGAUUCUGAAGACGAGAGAGCUCUCCGAGAAGGAGCUCAAGAUCAAACAGCCGCUCUUGGAUUCGCCGUGCCAUCAGAAGCCUGAUCUCAUGAACGCUUUGGCCCAUUGCAUGCUGGAGCCGGUGGAGUUCUCUCGUGUGGUACGGUAUCGUCGAGAGCACCUGUCCGGCCGGCCGUUCCCACACCUGGCUGUGAUGGAGGAUCUGAUGAAGGAUGUUUGUGAUGGCAAGGCUCUGCUAGCGCUCAUUCACUUCUACUGCCCUGAAUACAUGAGGCUAGAUGAUAUUUGUCUGAAGGAGGUGCCGUCUCUGUCGGACAGCAUUUAUAACAUCCAUCUGCUUCGGGAGUUUUCUAACGAAUACCUGAACAGGUGUUUUUACCUGCACACUGAAGACCUGCUCUACGGCCCGCCGGUGCUGAAGCAUAACGUGAUGGUUUUCAUUGCUGAGCUCUUUUGGUGGUUUGAAGUAGUGAAGCCGGACUUCGUAAAGCCAAGAGACCUUCAAGAGAUUAAAGAUGUGAGAGCGUCUUUCCAGCCAAAGAGUCCCCGCCUUCAUGUGCCCAUAUCCAGUGCCACCAAGCGAAGCUUCUUAACUCCCUCUCCUUCAGCCGACUCGCUGGCGACAGCUGCCACUCCUGGGGGCUGUAUGCGGUAUUACUUGCACCCUGAGGAGUCCUUGUCUGUAACAAACAGAAGCCCCUCCCAUAGCCCCUCCCACCCGCUCCUCCCACUGCGGCAGAGACCACAGAAGCCCAAUCAGGUGGAGGAGAAUUCAGAGCUCAGGAACAGGUCAAACUCUUUGUCCCGUAAGGAUGGACUCAUGCUUGGAUCACAGUUUGCCUGGACAGAACGUAAACAAAGGCCCAUCUCUCAGAUGGAGAUGGAUUGGGAACGUGUAUGUGGCGAUAAUAUCAGCUUGGCUCGCUCCAUAAGCAAGGACAGCUUAGCUUCCAACGUCAUCUCCAUCACUCCACGACACCACAUCAACGGCCAGCCCCUCCCCCAGACACAUCACUAUGGCGACCAGGAGGAAGAGGAGGAGCUACUGACUGUGAUUAACACAGAGGGCGCGUCUGCAUCCAGAGACACCCGAACCGAGGGUUUCUUCUUGGAACCAUUGCAACCUGCGGCUCUACGACCAAAUAAGGAGAAAACAGGGGUUAGUAAGUGGGAGGAGAGUGGAGAGGGGCGGAGUCAGGGACGCCAGGGCACAUAUACGCCCACAGAAUGCACUCUCAACCGUACAUUUACGCCGAUUGGUAGCAUAGAGCAAGAAAGCUCUCGAGCACAAUCUCCCGGAAGCUUCUUGCUGCAGGACGAUGCAGAGUGUGUGCGGGACAGUCCGCUUGGAGGAUGGGAGGACAUCGCCUCAGAUUCGGAGUUUGAGGAAGAUAAUGAAAUCGAGGUCCAAGAGCUUUCCAAAGUUGUUCUGAUGCAAGCUGGAAGGAAAUGCAUGGGACUCGGAGAGGAAAAGGAGUCUGCGAAAUUGCGCGAGGACGUUUGCUUGAGCGAACGGGAUGAUAAAGAAGGCGCGAGUGGAAGGGUGAGUCCUUGCCCCAGCAUGUUGUCGCAGGCGAGCAGCACGUCGACUGGCACUGGCCGGAUGACGAGCUUCGCAGAACGCCGUAGACAUAAAGUCGGAUUCCCCGAUGGUUGCUACAGCACCGGGAGCUCGCAGGCAACCACUCCUGAUAAGUCCGAAAGCGUACAGUUCCCUUCGGAUGCAAGUCCGGGAACGCCAGGUGGCCGACCUGGCCUCGCUUCCGAACUUGUACACCUUCGCAUGCAGCUGGAGGAGAAACGGCGCUCUAUUGAAAUGCAGAAAAAGAAGAUGGAGAACCUUUCGGCUCGGAAACGGCUGCAGCUGGGAAAAGUGGCGUUCUUGCAUGUCGUUAAAAAGGGGAGGAGCGACACACUGCCACACCCACUUAAAACGGUUAUUGGGUUUAAAGAGAAAACGCUUGCAAAGGACGACUCCUGUGUUGAGAUUCUGAAAGCCCAAGGAAAAAACACGGAUAGUAAAGAUACGCUGGUAGAGGAGGAUAAGGACAACCGUUUGAGUGUAGCAGGAGGGGGCGGGGCUUCGGAUGAUGUGGGCGGAGAACCAGAUCUCAGCGAAGGUAGCCAUUCCAUUGAGCUCCUGAACGAAGCCAUCGGAGCGAUACAGCAGCAAAUGAUGCAGCUGUCUCUCCAGCAGGACUUGCUCAUAAAACAGGCCACCCAGUCCCCGCAGGAAACCAAACCGAGCACUGUGCCCCCCUUAAACGAACACCCGCCAGAGCAACCUGAGACUAAGUCGCGCCUUACCGUACAGUUCACAGAAACCCUUUCCACCGCAACCAAACGUCCUCCCAGGCUCAGCUCGAGUCAUACAGCACGGAAGAAACCUAGCGACCUCAAACUGAGCAAAGAUGCAAACAUUCGUCCAGCGGUGAAAGCAAGCACUCUGACACCGGGAGGCAGGACCCCCCGGGCUGAGAAUGAGGAUGAGGGCGGAGCUAAAGAGGGUGGGCGUGGCUCAAAAGGAAUUAUUCGCAAUACUCCGUUCAGACUGCAGGACACCGCAAACCGACACGUCGACAGCCUUAACUCGCCCCAAAAUGAGCUCCCCCUGCUGGAACCAUCACCUGUCAAUCAAACCCGGGAACGGAGCGAUACCAGUGGCUCUGGAAAAGAGAAUGUUCCGGUUCUGUCCGAGGAAAACCGAACGAAAGCACAGCUGAUUGAAGUGGACCUAUCUGACCUGGCUGAACCGGCUGAAACUAGCACAGAACCUGAUGGGGAACAGAAAAACAGACUGGGCUUCUUCUUUAAGGAUGAUCAGAAAGCAGAGGAUGAGCUUGCUAAGAAGAGGGCUGCGUUCCUCCUCAAACAGCAGCGUAAGGCCGAAGAGGCGCGAAUACGUAAGCAGCAGCUGGAGGCGGAGUCAGAGCUAAAGCGAGAUGAAGCCAGACGAAAAGCUGAGGAAGAACGUGUGCGUAAAGAGGAAGAAAAGACUCGCAGGGAGCUGAUCAAACAGGAGUAUCUGCGCAGGAAGCAGCAAGAACUUCUGGAAGAACAGGGUGUGACCAAACCACGCCCACGUAACAGGAGGCCCCGCCCUAAAUCACUGCAUCGCACUGAAUAUUCCUGUUCUGCUCCGGUUAGUCUUUGUUCUGCUCCCUCCGGAUCGUCUCUCUCAUUGGGCUCUGCUGCUACUGACGGUGACAGUGUGGCGUCAGGAGGGGACAGUUCUCACAGGGGGGAAUCUGUGGACUCUUUUCCCAUACUGAGCCGAAAUGCGAGCAGGAACAUGGAACGAGACUGGGACAAUGGCUCAUCAGCCUCAUCUAUCACAUCUGUAGCAGAAUACAACGGACCCAGAUUAUUUAAGGAGCCUAGUGCAAAGUCCAAUAAACCGAUCAUCCAGAAUGCCAUCGCUCACUGCUGUCUUGCAGGAAAAGUCAAUGAAGCCCAGAAGAAUGCCCUUCUGGAGGAAAUCGAGCGGUGUGAAUCCAACCACCUGAUAAUCCUUUUCCGUGAUGGUGGAUGUCAGUUUAGGGCGCUGUACAUAUAUUCUCCUGAAACAGAGGAGAUCGUCAAGCUCAAAGGCACGGGACCUCGUGCCAUCAGCCGCAAAAUGAUCGACAGACUCUACAAAUACAGCUCCGACCGCAAGCAGUUCACCGUCAUCCCCGCCAAGUCCGUGUCGGUCAGCGUAGACGCUCUCACCAUCCACGGCCACCUGUGGCAGGUCAAGCGGCCGAGCACGUCAAAGAGAACAUGAUACAGCUUCCCAUUGGCAUAUCAGAUCCCACUGCUGUUGUCUGAUUGGCUACUGGGUUGGUCUUUUAAACUGUCGUUUUUCUAUUGAUCAGGCCUCCUAAUAUUCUAUUGGUCCACUAGACUCCUGAAUUCCUAUUGGCUCACCAGCUGUCGUGCUUCUAUUGGCAACUGAGCUGCUUGUACACAAGCAGAGCUGAGGAAGUCAGAAGUGGGUGGAGCUUAAUGUUUGAUUGACAGAGCUAAUGAAUGUGUUUUAUGAUUACAUCAGUGUUGUUUUUUUUAAGCAGGAAUCUGCAUAUGACUUUUUUUUUUUUUUUUUUUUUUUUUUUACUAUAGUAUUAAUUUACACAGGGAACAAAAGACUACACUCCCACUACUUGAACUAUGAAUUAUGGUUGCUAACGAUAAACGGACACAUGCCAAUAUGUCUACUAGCACGUCCGUUUUUUUGCAUUUCUCAUACCUCUUCAUAUGCUGCUUUUCAUACAUGAAACUUACUUAAGCAGUGCGAUGCAAUGAACAUGUGACAAGGGAUCUGUGUAUGUGUGUGUGUGUGUGUGUGUGUGUGUGUGUGUGUAGGUGUUGACCUCUUCGUGGUUUUAAAAUAUUUUAUCAUGAAAUGCUUCCAUGUUAUCCAUCUUUUCUUUUCUCCAUGUAUUCACACUGGCUGCUGACAAUAUUAAUGUACUUGUCUUUAGUAUGCACUCCAGAGACUCCUGUGAGCAGGGCUUUCUGUUGUAUAUGUUUGGAUUGUACAAAACUUUUCUUUAUUAGCCUAUUAUUAUUAUUAUUUACCAUAUAUUUUAAAGAAGAACACUGAAAUUUAAUAAAAUAUACAACCAAAA